AGGGACGGAGCAAUUAAAGCUAAAAUAUCUUUUAAAAACGAAAAUUGCUUAAAAUAGAAAUAAAACACAAAAGUAAUACCAAUACAGUGGCACCACUGAAUUUGUUUUUUCGUUUUAACAAGCGAUAAUUUGUAGAAAAAUUAUCAAAACUCCACACUAGAAAGUGCGUAUGAAAAAAAAAUAUAAAUAUAAAAAUCGAACUAAAUUUGGGGCAAUAUAAGCGAAAGAGAACAAUUACGUUAAAAUACAUACAUACAUACAUAAGAGAGACAAAGAAACGCAGAUUAAAAUACAAAACGCUACAUUUUGAUUUUCUUAGUUUUGUGUCUGCAUAAAAUUAUUUUAUCAUGACGGGCAGGCGAAAGCGUGGACGCCCACGUCGCGGUGAAGGACCAGCACUUGAUGAUCUUGAUGUAAUGCUUGCACGUGAAUUCCAGCAACGACCAGCCUUCUAUGACCGGACACAUCCCCAAUAUAGAAACAGAGAUUAUCUGGACGGCAUGUGGAUGGACAUGGCCGAGAGUGUGGGGCAAAAUGUUGCUAUUGUAAAAAAUCGUAUGGUGCAGCUACGAAAUCGUUAUAAUCUGGAGAAACGAAGAGUGGAAAUGUUGCAAGAUCAAUACAACGACCCAAGUAUCACAUCCCAAUGGCCAAUGUAUAACUAUUUGACAUAUUUAGGCGGUCACAUAAAAGCCCGUCGGUCGUUUACGAAAGAAGUAGUUGUAAGACCGAAAUCAGCGCCGUUCUCAAAUUCAAGACCUGUGCGCUUUGCAUAUUGCAGUGAUUCUGAUGGCUGUGAUGAAUCAAAUCAAUAUCCACCAUGCCCGCCAGUUGCUGCCGCGGCACCAGAGAGACAGCUAGCUUCGGAUUUGCCUAACAAUUCUAACCAACAAAAUCGAAAUAUCAACUAUAAUGAAAUGCAACCAACAACUCCUGACAAAGAAGAAGAUCUCAACUUUAAUCCCAAUCCAAACUUUUGCAAAUUCAGAGCAUUUGGGCAGUUUUUAACUUCAUCAUUGAUAGAAAUGAACCAAUGCGAUGCAUUGCAUUUGGUUGAAAAGUUCACCACCGACCUGGUAAAGUCAUUGUUACUUGAAACACACAAUAAGACGUCUGUGGAAGGCGUUGUAAAUGGACAUAUGUAAAUUAAAAAAAAAAAUCAUUUAUUAAUGUUUAUAUGUGGGUAAUGUUUAUUUAUGUACGUAAGCAUUCGACUAAUUAUAUUAGUUGUGUACCCUCUCUGAGAGUUAGAUUAGGUGCCUAGAUUCUAAAAUAUUACUUUAUUAAAUACACGUCGUUUUGAAAAACAAAAGUAUAUAAAUGUCAAUAGUUAAAUGCAAUUCAACAGAUUACAGUUUUAACGAACUCUAUACAAUUAUGUAUAUGUAAGCCAACUUUCGCUUUCGCCAUUCCUUGAAACCUUUUAACAUAUAUGAGUAACCUAAACUUCUAUAUUGUUUACAACUAUUUGAAUUCUUUGUAAAAGCUUGAGAUUUUUGGAGCGUGUAACCGUAUCUGUUAAAUAUGAUUGUGUAUUGAAAUAUUUUAAUAAACUGCAACAUGUAAAAUGCUUAAAUAAUUUUGGGUUAAUUUAAAGGAAAUUCCGGCUUGCAACAACUACUUCCCAUAUACACACUAUAU